AUGUCCACUCAGGAGCUCUUUGUUGCUGCAGCUCGUAAAUGUCUGUCUGCUGGUAGGAAAUCUCUUUCCGUCCCUCAGAGUCUGGACCUGGCUGCUCAGGUCUCAGCUGUAGAUUUUGGGUUAAAACCGGCUUUAUUGUACGACAGCAACUGCGCCAGCGCAGAUCAGGUGCAGCAGUAUUUGAGCUCCUUGCAGUCUUCCCAGCUGGUGUCGAAUUCACUUCUCACACUGGAUUUAAAUGGAAACGCUCUCAUUGUUAAUCCAGUUAGAGUCAGAUCAAACGUAGAGCAGCUGUUUGGUGAUAACAAGCUGGCUGUUAUUGAUGUCUGCCACUCACUGGAGAAGCCCGCCGUCACCGACCCGCUCAGACUGAAGAGCAUGACACGUGAUUUACUGCUUCUCCUGAGAGAGGCUGAACAACUGCAGCCGGCUGAGAAAGCUCAUUAUGUCGGAGAGAAGGCAGAGGAGUGGAACCUGUGCACAGUGUUUGGUCUUUUACUGGGUUUCCCUGUCACUUACUGGUUCGAUCAGACCGAGAGCUUCGAAAACUGUCUGUCCAUGACGCCCCUGAUGGUGACGACGGCUUCAGCAACGUGGCAGGCAGACCCCGCAGGUCACAGGUGUUGUCUGUACUCCUUCAGCGUCCCGGCUGUUCUGGUUAAAUCGUUGCAGUCCAACCUGGAAAACUGGAGGCUUUGUUUACAGGAAAGAUUUGAGCAGCAAAAUGUCCUAAAGGAUCUUACAGUUUGUCAGUCCACAGUCACUCUGCCCUCAGUCUGUUUGUGAUGCUAACAUCAAGUCUUUCUUUAAAAUAAACUGUUAAAAGAAAAUGUGGGUUUUAUGUUAUCACUCAAUUAAACUGUUAAAAACA